GUGGGCAUCCAAUCCUUCCAGCUUCAUAUCGAGGAUCCAGCAGGCAGUUGCACAGCAAGAUUGGAAGGACAGAAAAUCUCCGAAAGCUUUUGAUACUGUGAGCAGGUUCUUCUUUGAGUCCGACAAAACGUCUUGAACAUGGCCCAACUUUUCUUGUACAUGGCACUCGCUGCUACAUUCGUGCUUGUUUCAAGCAUCCCGCGUUGCACCGACGAUCCAAAUGGGACCAACUACAGGGGAGAGUUGGCCCAGACCAUCUCCGGUAAAGAAUGCCUAUCUUGGACCUCUCCGAACCCAAAGAUUAAAGCCCUGACACCCGCCAAAUACCCUAAUGCGGGCCUUGGAGAUCACAACUACUGCAGAAACCCCGACAAUGAAUUCACCGCCUGGUGUUACACCACCGAUCCUGAUACCCGAUGGGAGUAUUGUGCCGUUGGUGAUUUCAGCCAACAAUGCACGAGUCGAGAAUGCUACCACCUACACUCUGCCCGUGACUACCGAGGAGACGUCUCGACUACUAGGAGCGGUCGCGAGUGCCAAAACUGGACCUCCCAGUCGCCCCAUCGUCACAGCAUCACGCUACAAAACAACCCUAGCUCUGGCCUCGGUAACCACAACCUCUGCCGCAACGCCGGCAGCUUUGUAGCUUUCGCCUGGUGCUACACAACCGACCCCAGUGUCCGUUGGGAGUUCUGCAACAUCGGAUUGCCCGAAGGGGGUUGCUAAAUGGCGUUUCAUUGUCUCCCUAAAAUGAGCGGAGGGGGAGGGGGUGUUUCUUGAAUCUUGUCAUGUUUGGUCAUCGUAAUUUUGCUCAUUCUAUCAUCUUUGGAAACAAGGGUGACUUUGUAGGCCGUAUGGUGGCUGACUUACUGCUAUGAUUAUAACUUCCUAUAUAGGUUUCACUGUCUGUCAUUAAUUCUUAAUGGAAUACAUACAAAGGUUAAGGGGCAAAGUCAUUAUUGUUCAAAC